UCUUCACCAGCUUGCAGAAUGGACGCUUUGGCUUUCCCUCAAGACAGGGGAAAGGGCUGGUAUAUAUCUCUCAUGGCACCUAACACCAAAGGACCAAAGUUUGCUUGGCUUGACCCUUCAAGGCUCUACUGCAACUCCCAGGCAUUAUCAGAUUGUGUUCAGGACCUGCUGAAACCAUUCCAGAAUGAGUCGAUUGACAUUGUUGCUGGCAUAGAUGCCAUGGGAUUCAUUCUAGGGUCUGCUGUGGCUACCACUCUUGGGAAAGGUUUCCUGGCCAUCCGUAAAGCAGGACAUUUAUGUAUCGACACUCAGACCCAAGAUUACAGUGACUAUUCGGGGCGCGAGAAACUGAUGGAAGUGCGUCUGGACGUACUCAGGCCAGGCCUGAAGGUGCUUAUAGUGGAUCAGUGGAUCGAGACGGGAGGCACCAUGAAGGCAGCCAUCCAGCUUGUGGAGAAGCAAGGGGCCACGGUGGUGGGUGUUGCUGCAGUGGCCAUUGAGAACAGUGAGGGUGGCACAUGGAUUAAGCAGAACUAUAAGCACUCGCACUGCAUCCCAGAGGAACUCCAAUCACAGAUCGACAGCCAGUACCUGGAAUCGUUCGCACUUUUUGGCCACAAAAAACAGUGAACCCCAGGAAACAGUGUGGGAAUGAGAGUGAGAGAGAGGUAGACUAUCAGAAAUGCGUGGGAAGCUUUUAGUGCCUCUGCCAGAGGAGAUACUGAUAGGCAGAGCCAAAGAUAACACUCUCACAAGCGAGGCUUUAUAUCUGCAGGAAUCACAUGAGGAUGGUGCAGUCUUGUUUGGAUAAUUCCAUGUUUGGAUUGUACCUUUUUACAACUACCACAAGGUGGGGCUGUAUGCAAACUAGAAUUUCUAAAUUUCUAAAAUUUUUCCGUGAGACAGAGAUCCCAUUGUAAAUACAACUUGAUUUUAUAACAUGGUCAUUUUCUAAUGCAUAUGAAAAAUAAUUAAAAAGACAAUGGUUGAAA